CACAACAUCCCAUUCCAUUGAUAAAUUAUGCUCUCCUAGCUCUUAUUCUUUCAUCUUCCCAUCAUCAUCUUCUCUUUAUAUACUCUGCCAUUAAUACAGAUUAAGCUCUCAGUUGUACUUUUUCUUCUUGUUUUCCUCUCCAUUCGUGGAGUUCAGCUUCAUGGAACAAGAAGAAGAACAACAACAAGAACAAGAACAAGAACAACAACAACAAAAAAAAAGUAACUACUACUCAGUGCUUGGUGUUCAUCCCAAUGCUUCCCCUUCUGAGCUUCGCUCUGCUUACAAGAAGCUCGCCAUGAAAUGGCAUCCAGAUAAACUGGGGAGAACAGAAGACCCAUGCAUUGUGGCAGAGGCCAACCAGAGUUUUCAGCUCAUCCAUGAAGCAUACCAAGUGUUGUCUGACGAGAAGAAGAGGAUAUUGUAUGAUUCUGGACUCUAUAAUAAUUCAUUUGAAGAUGAAAAAGAUACAGAGGGUUUCACUGAUUUCCUCCAUGAAAUGAUGACCCUCAUGGCACAAGUUAGAAGAGAGGGGAAGCAGUACAGUUUAGAGGAGCUGCAGGGAAUGUUGGCAGACAUGACAAAGAGUGUUGAGAACUGGGAUUCAUCCUCUAGUGCAUGCUUUAGCUCUGAUGCUCCAACAAGUACCAAGAGAAGUUGUGAUUCAGAGACUCAGAAAUCAGGGAGAUGAUCAGCACCAAGCAUGCAUUUGUCAGCAGGCAUGGAGUUUUUUUGGCAGCAUGAGAUUUCAGUAAAUGAUCUUUAUGAGCUGGAAGGAUUGUAUAUAGAAGAAGAAGAAGAAGAAAGAAGAAGAUGAUGAUGAUGAUGAUGAUGUAAAUUGCUCUUGAAUGGCACAUUGCAUGAGUUUUUCUCAGUGGAUUUGUACAGGAAGAGUGAUGGAGAUUUCCAGCAAGCAUUUGCUCAUAGUGCUUGGAGUUUUGUGAGCUGGAGGUCUUGAAUCAGUUUGGGAACAAAUACAAAUGUGAGUGUGAGUGUGAAUGUGAAUGUGAAUGUGAAUGUGAAUGUGAAUGUUUGUUCGUUGUAAAAUACAAUCUUGGCCAAACAAGGAUGUGAUGAGAGGCAAGUACGAAUGCUCAUGAAUAAAGGUUUUUUUAUAUGUUGGAAUUUUUUGUUUUAUUUGUGAUGUGUCUAAUGAAUGUAAUUUUUUACAUUAGUAUGAUUUGAUCAAAGAGAUGAGAGGCAAGUACAAAUGCUCAUGAAUGAAGUUUUUU